GGGUGGAGGCAAUCGUUGGCGUUGUCAUGGACAACGCGAGGGUAUGCGUGAAGGCAGGGAAGAUGGUGGAGGCCGCCUAUCCGACCAUCUUCAUUGUCGAUUGUACGGCACAUGCACUGGACCUGGCGCUGGAGGACAUGUACAAGGAAAUGCCUUGGAUGGCGCAGGUCGUGGACGCCGGCAACAAGUCGCUGAAGGAAUUGCGGAAUGCUCUUGAUUGUUGCGUGUGCGACUCGGGAUGGGUGGACAAGAUGGUGAGGAAUGACCAGUUACUGGCAAUGCACGAGGUAACAACAAUCGUCCUCGACAAGGGCGACUUCUGGAGCAAUAUGCAGAAGGCGCUUCAUGUGAUGCAGCCAGUGGUGGAGCUGCUCCGUUUGGUGGAUGGGCAAGGAGCAACCAUCUCGAAGGUUUACUGCAAGAUGGAUCGGGUUGUGCAGGACCUGCGUGCCCUGGAAUGGUUGUCAGACGAGGUGCACGAGGCGGUGGAGCGCAUCCUCAUGCGCCGCUGGGCAUUUUUGACAAGCCAGCUACAUUGCACUGCAGCCUUUCUGGAUCCUGAGCAUCGGAUGCACACCGCAGAUCACGACCCGGAGGCUCGCGAACAAGCCAACCACAAACCGCCAACUUUGUGGUGGGAGGCGUUAAGUUCGAAACCCGACUUCCUCGCACCACAAGCGAUCAAAUUGCUUGGCCAGGCAAGCUCCUAUGCUGCCUGCGAGCAGAAUUGGAGCUUGCAUGAGUUAAUCUACGGAAGGAGGCGGACAAAGUUUUUGCCAGAGAGGAUGGCAAAACUUGUCUACAUCAGCUGGAAUGUUCGGCUCCUGAGGAGGAUUCAACGCGGCGACGAAGAUGACACCCACAUCCCAUGGGCGGACGACGUGCCGGUGGACAAGGAGAUGGAGGACAAGGAGAUGGAGGAGUGGUAUGUGCAGUGGUUGGAGCGGGUCAAUGAGGAUGUCGACCGCAAGGAGGCUGUGGAGGUCGACUUCGAUGAUGACGGAGACGAGAUCCCGAUGCGGAGAACUUUCAUGCGCAAUGACGAAGAUGACGACAAGCUGGUCGAGGAGGAGGAGACUGAACUUGUUGGUACAAGGCAGCGCGACUGGCACGAGUGCACAAAGCCUGCGAAGCACCGCGAGCAAGAGUUGCGCAAGAGAUCUGGUUGCCAAUUGCCCGAGCCUGGAGAGUUGUACACAGAGGCGGGCUACGCUCUCGCAAUGGAAGCGCGACAGACAGGCACGUGGGUGCAGGGCCGGGACGAGGCGCCAAGAAAGAGGAGCGGGAAAGGCAAGGGCAAACAGACAGUGGUGGAUGAUGAUCCGCCCGCGCAGAGUGGGAAGAGGAAGAUUGUUCAGCACGAACAGCCACCACCAAAGAGGGGCCGUCCAACUUUGGCAGAACAGGCGACACGCAAGGCGCAGGAGGCUGAAGACAAGGUUGUUGCUGCAGCUGCUGCAGCUGCUGCAGCAAAAGCUGCUGCUGACAAAGCCGCAAAGGCCAAAGACAAAGCGGCAGCGAAAGCUGCCACAAAGAGUGCAGGUGGAGGGAAGGCCAAGAACUCUGUCGUUGUAAGUGACAACGACGACUUGGAUGUCCCGGAAGGAAGUCCGAAAGAGGACGAGCCCGAAGGCUCGUCCACGUCCAGCGACUCAAGUUCUUCAUCGGCAGCCUCAUCAUCUCAGUCCAGUGGGAGCGAAGGCACAGACGGAGAUGGAAGUGAGGGAGGGGCCCAGUUCGAGGAGGACGAGGAGGAAGAUCGAGCAGAGGCUGAGUAGAGGGAAGCCGUUCGAUCUAUGAGCUCAGGUAUUCGACGCUCCGAGUGCAGCGUUCUGACAAUGGUCGUCUUUCAGACUUUCAGACAUUAAGCUUCCACGUUC